UGGAAUAUUUCAAAAGCCGUGUCUGAGGCGAUCCUCCCGCGCGGAUGCCUCUUUUGUGAUGUGGAUAUUCAUUACGUUUAUUAAGCUCAUCCAACCGUGCUGUUUGUGUGGAAUUUGAAUUGCAUGUGAGUCUGCGGCGCGUGCGUCUGGAGCUAAUGAUCUUACAUUGACUCACGCUCGGCACUACAGGCGCACACGCCCUGGUAAGGUCUGCUGUUCCAGCCGGCAAUGCUUCUUGGAGGCGAACGGAGGGGAGGAACGCGUCGCCAAGGAUAUACCUGGGCUGAAGGGUGGCAACGUGUAGAGUUGUCGGAGAGGUGCGCUGGUCCCGUGGCGGCUAUGAGGGCCGAUCGCAGCCGGUAAUAGGUGCUUGAACCUGUCGUUUCCACGGGUCACGUCACCGGGAGGCAUUGUUGAUUGUGUAUGUAGCGAUAUGUAUGACUAGAUGGAGGAGUUUUAAUGGAGACAAAUUCGACAGACAACGACGGUCAGGGGUUCUCCCCGCCCGUCCGCUCGAUAGACCUGACCCUGACCGUGGCCAUCUGUACCGUAGCCGGGCUGAUUUUGGUCGGGAACGCCGCAUUCCUAUGCCGCCGGCGCCGUCCUAAAGAAGGCGCCGUCAACACUCUCCUCCUGGACAAUCUGGCGGGCUCUAACAUCGGGCUGGUAGUGUAUCUCUCCGGCCUGGUGACGGGGGACUUCCUGCACCAUAACGGCCACCUGUCCGCUGCGUCGCUACAGAUCCUCUGUAACGUAGAGGGCGUUCUCGGCAUCCUGUUCUCGGAGCUGUCCCUUUGGCUCAGCCUGACCAUUACCGUUAGCAUGUUCGUCCGCCAGGUCUGCCCGCGCAGAAUGCGCCGCGGCAAGGACUACCUCCCCGUCUACAAAGUCAUCGCUAUCGCAGAGUGGAUGACCGCCCUAAUCUUAGCCGGCUUUCCUCCAGCUCUGUCCAUCUUCUUCAGUAAGGACCACGCGCCGACUGUCACCACGUAUCACGAGGUCUUGUGCCUACCCAAAGGAACCAAAACCGAGCACAAACUAGAGUUCACUCUCUUCUUAAACUGUGCUAUCAUACUGACCAUCUUCGUCUGCCUGUCCGCAGUGCCUUGUUGUAUCAGGGGACAGUUAAAGAAGGCCUCCCUGCCCAUGGAGGAGAGAAUAAUAAAGCGGGACGCGGCGGUGUUCGCGCGGAUGGGGGCGGCUGUUCUGAUCAUCGCCAUCCCGUGGGUCCCCGGCCUGGUCAUGUUUACCAUGACGUACUUCGGGCUGAGGAUCAGACAGACCGUUCUGCAGUGGACCCUGUGGUGUGUUCUACCCUCCGGUCCCGCCAUGUUUCCCGCGGUUUACGUCAUCGUGUUGGAGAGUACCCGGUGCCGCCACCUCCUCAAGUCGUGCAGAGACAAAUGGCGGAAAGGUGAAAAGUACAGUCUGAAGCUCCGCGAGCUGACGUCACAGAUGAGUCUGCCGUCCCUCGCCUCCAAGACGUGCCUGCGGGAGUCCACCCUGAUGAAGGAGGGCGUGGCCGCGGCGGCGGUGGGAGAGGCGCCGUCAGAGGUGGAGUGGACGGAACUCCUACAGCCGUGCUCCGGCCCUCAUGACCAGCUGCUGGCGCUGGUGUUGUGGAGUGGUGAGGCGAGCUCCAUCCAGACCGGCACGCUGAAGCUUUAUCACCCCACCCAGGCCAGGCGAUGGGACACGGAGGUACAGAUGGCUGCCAAGCUGGCGGCGCACCAGAGCCCCAACAUCAUCAAAUACCUGUGGAACUCUGACGACCACACCACCAAGGUGCUGCACGUGCCCAACAACUGGGUGGACCAGGUCUUCACCAGGAACAAGUACAUCUGUAUCCAGACGUACGAGCACGGGUCGCUGCGGUUCUUCCUGCUGGAGCACCUGGGACUCCUCACGGACCUGCUGGUACAGAUCGUCGCCACGGAGAUCGCCAAGGGCCUGGCCCACCUCCAAAGUAUUGGUAUCGUCCACAACAGCCUCAGCGCCGCUUCGAUUCUGAUAGGAGGAGACAUGGAGCAUAGUGUCAUUUUGCGAGUUGCCAUAUCGGACUUUGACAGCUGCAAAGAAGCCCCUGUACCAAACCCGGCGGCACAGGAGGCAACAACAGCUGACGUUAUUGGCUCACCAACGUCGGGUAUGGGCUCCACAUACGAUCUCGACAUCCGGUCCUUGGCAUUGAUCUUGCUGGAGAUGCUGGCGCGGCUGCGGUCCCGGUCCUGGACGAGCCCCCCGCGGGCCAGGAAGUUCAGCAGCGGCAGGAGGAGCAGUAAGCUCCGGGAACGGCUACGGGUGAGCGGCAGCGACCAGGAGUCGCCUCCCAGACUUGGGGAGGGAAUCGAAGACAUGAGCGCGGAAGAAGACGAUGCGUUCGGAGAAGUCCAACUACAGUGCUCGGGAUUAAGGGAAAGUCUUUCGUACGACGCAGGUGACUCCAGAACUUUUCCUACACAGACGUUCCGAAAGGACAGCUUCAACCUGACGACGUUCAUGCCAGAGUGCACGGAGCAGGCCGAGUCGGUCGUGUCCACCGGACAAUCUUCAUCCGGCAUCCUGACGGGCAGAGGCCGGCGUCCCGACUCCGCCAACUCUUCCGUCUUCAACACCCUGGAGUCGAACAACGGGAACCGUCACGUCGUAGACAUCAACACUACCUACGACUCCACGUUGUCAAGAAGUGACGGGGCGGAGUCAGACAGUAAGUCGAGGUACACUUGGCCAAACGGUGUCGAAACUAUCGAUGCCAUCUACUCCGUAGAGUCAGAGGGAUCAACUUUUAGCAAACCGAUCUCCAUGACAGAGGAGGGCGACAGCGACAAAAAUGGCGCUGUGUUCGAAGGCAUAACACAGGACUCCCUCUCCGGGGUUAGAAGUCCCGGAAACCGGAUAGUCGUCCAGGAUUUCACCAGCAUCAUUACGAGUCUGGACGGAUAUGACGAAGAGGAACAGAAGGGAAGCGACGAUUACUCCGAGGCGUCCACCAUACCGGCCGGAGAUGACAACCACUCUCUCUGUAACUCUCAGCCAUCUACAGUGUCCAGACAAGGUGUUGCCCUCUCGGAGGCGUCCACACCGCCCACCUGUAACUUUGACGUCUUCCUCUCCCCGGACAGCAUGUCCGCCUACCUGAGAGACGACACCUCCGAGCGGCUGUACACCCGUAAGCCGCCACGCACCUUCUCCUUCACCCAGGAGGAGCGGCUGCCGUCCGCAGUGGGUCCGCACCACCUCCGGUAUUGGCGGGAACUCCGGCUGAUGUUCCCCUGGCUCCUGGAGGAGCCGGCGUCGCUAGGCAACAAACGGCAGCUCCAGAAGAUCAUUAACGUGCUGCGGAGUGGUCUGGAACUCAGGAAGCUGCUGCAGAUCAUGACGCAAUGUCUGGUAAGCGACCCUGCACCGGUCGUGGAGCAAGUGUUGGAGAAUCUCAAUCAAUGCAUGCCGUCUACAGACAUCUAGUGACUUCAUCCAGUGAUAUGUAGUGCUGCCAAUAUCCGUCACAGUCCACCAGUGUUCAGCAGUAUCCAACAAUGUACGGUAAAUUGACGUAAAAAGUGUAAAAAAAUUAAUGUACAUAUUUAUGUUUAUUGACAAAGUCUUUGACAAAUUCUACACCAACUUGUUCGACGGAUUGAGUGUAGACUCGCCCUUCUCAAUGGGUAAGGUUUAAGGAUGAACUAUUAGGAAAUUAAAAUUAGAUCUCGUUAUAUUUCUGUUAAAAAGAAGAUCAGUUUCAACGAUCUAUGAAUCAAACAAUGUUGCUGAUUAAUGGAACUUAAGAAUGGAUUACCUUCAGCUUAAAGAAAUGGUGAGUUUGAAAAACAGGACAAAACAGAAAAACACACUGUUGCGGAAAGUCUUCUAAUGCCUUUGUUAUCCAUGUUGACAACCAAUGUUGACAUUGCUUGUCUUAAUCUGGAACAUGGUCUGUGCAUUUCACUUAAACAACCACGCUGCAUCAAGAAAGCUCAGGAUUGUGUGGGAAGGGGAAGAACUUGAAAACACGCCCCACCCGGUGUACCUCGGUGUAACCCUAGACAGGACCCUGUCCUUUAAAGAACACGUCAACAAGCUCAGGAAGAAGGUAUCUUCUCGCAAUAACCUUCUGUCCAACCUCGCUAACUCCAGCUGGGGAGCAGACCCAAACACUCUCAAGCAGACAGCGCUGGCCCUAUGCUAUUCCACUGCUGAGUACUGCGCCGCAGUAUGGGAGAGGUCACCCCAUGCCCACAAGGUCGACGUGGAACUGAACAGAGCCUGUCGUACCACCACAGGCAACCUGAAGGCUACCCCCCUGUCAGCCCUGUACAUACUGGCAGGAAUCUGCCCUCCUGGCAUCCGAAGAGAUGUCCAAGCAAGGACAGAGCGGGAAAAACAACAGAACGACCCAAGACACCCUCUACACGGGCACCAGGAGACACCCCGGCGACUGAGGUCCCGCCGGAGCUUCAUGACUGUCCAAUGCCUCGAGGGGAAGACACCAGAGUCCCUCAGGGCCGAUCUGUGGAAGAGAAAUGACCCGAACAACAACAGGGCACUCCCACCCCCCAGCGAGUCCCUGCCUCCAGGGGCUGACAUGCCUAGAAGGUCUUGGGUCGCCCUGAACCGGGCAAGGGCGAAGGUUGCAAGGACAGCUGACAACCUGCUACGGUGGGGAAAGUCAAACAGUGCAGCCUGCAGCUGUGGCAAGGACCCCCAAACCCUACAACACCUGAUGAGAAACUGCAGACUCUCGCCGACCUGCACAGACUCAGACCUCCAGGAGGCCAGUGAAGCUGCUCGGACUUUUGCUGAGAGAAAUAGCGACAAGCUAUGAUGAUGAUCUGGAACAUAUUGUUGUAUAGGUUGGUGACAUUGGAGAAAUGUACUAAUAUCGCCUCACAGGCUUUUGUUGUGGGACUUUGGGGUUACUGUAACUGGGGUUACUGCAUGUACAUGUCUGUUCGUGGUGCAUGACAAGAAGCUGUACUGAGUAUAUAUAUUGUACCUCGUACCUCCCUCCUGCUGUCUGAGAUUUGUUUACUUUAUAUGAACGACAUCCUCGUCUGGAGGACUGACGUAGUCAACGGUAAUGUUGAGAGGACAAAUAUUUAACGUUGCGUCAUGACGUCAGUAGAUCUCCAAUGCUCUCGGUAGACAAAACUGCCAAUCGCAUGUGAUUUUUCCUGAUGUAUGUUGUUGGACUUUCACCGAAAACGCAGUUCAGAAGCAAACGAAUAUUAAUAGGAUUCAGACACAUUGAUGUAUCAGCAAGCAAGGCCUCCGCUAUGUAACCAAGAGCUUUGAUUGGUGGCUGAUAUCGUGGCGUGUUUGUUAGGUUAGUACUAAUCAUCAGUACGUAUUGCGUGCCGUCUAGAUUGAAAUUUCUGGUAAAAGGAAGCGAUUGUUUCAGAAAACCUGACAUAUGGUGCAGCUGCCUCGAGGACGUGAGUUGAAGAUAAAUGUUAGGCGUAGCAAUCGCUGAAACUGUGAUUCAUGAAUGUUAAUGUCGUCUUAAUGUACCUCAACAAACUGUGUACCUCAAUGUUUGGUAAAGAAAACGACCACCCUCUUUAGCUAUUAAACAAGCAUAUGACAGCCAUGUGGGUUUGAAAAAAAAACUAUAGUUUUGAGUUUGCAAAUGCAGAAAAGCCAUUCAAGACUACCUUUCUAACUGAUUGAAGCUUGAUAUGGAAUAAUCUUAAGUUAGAUGACGACGGCAAUGUUAUGCGUACAUUUCCUGAUUAUAGCAGAUUUUACAUACAAAUAUAGGACGUAAAUUAUGGUAAAAUAUUAUGCCAAAGGUGGUUGCUGUACUUCUUGUACGUUUUGAUAUCACAUGUUUGUACACUUGAAUAAAGUAUAAUCCUGAAUGGUGGAUGAUUAUGGAAGGACAUAUCACACAUUUAUUGGUGACUUUAAGUUUACAAAAUUGCAUGGCUGACUUCUAUUUUCAUUUUUACAAUAAAUGGCUAUGACGUCAGGAAUGGUCCUUAUAAUAGAACAAUCUACGAUGAAAGUUAACAGCACAAAAUGGGAAUACAAAUUAAAGUCUUAAUGAUGCUCUCCAAGCUUAAUCUACAAAAAUGUCAAUUUGACAAUCUGUCACAAAUUUCUUGGCAUAUAUUUUGAAUGAGUCCCCAAUUGCAACCAAUAUUUUCCAUCUUUUCUCUAGACACUCCUUAAAACAUAACCAUUACAUACUCAGUACCUGACGUUCUGUCUAUGUUACGCUUCAUGGCAAUACCUCAGGAACCCUCUAGGGACAGUGAACAGACACAGAGAUCAGUCUAAUCAUAAAUUUAUUAUAUACAUCUUUGUCCAUGACACCCGGCUAUAAAGCAGCAUUAGCAACAAACGAA